AUGUGGAAGGGGUAUACCCCUCUGGCUGUGAUUGAGGAGAAGCUGCGGACGCUCCUUACCCAGCGGGUGGAGGGAGUUCCACUGACCACCUUGGGCACACUGCUCCCCGCCGACUGGCGCAAGCACGCCACCAAGCUCCGGCAACUCUUGAACCUCUUCCCCACGGUGGUCGUGACAGGCAAAGCGGGUUCGGGGCGCGAGAUAGCCAAGCUUGUGGCGUGGCUCGUGACGCUCAAGACGGACGUGGCCGCCCUACUCGCCAAGUCGCCCAACAACGCAUGCGACCUGGACGCCCUGGUCCAGGCCUACGCGAAGCUGAAGAACAACGCCAACUUGGACACCCUCUGCGAGGUCGCGGGAGUCUACCUCGAGGAUCUGCUGGAAGAGCGGGGCUUCUUCCUCACCUGGGCGGGCGAGAAGGCCACCGUGCACUCCAAGACACCCGACGUGGGCACGUCUACUGGACAAGUCGCGGCUUCCUCUGCGGCUCCACAGCCAACCUCGGGGGCUGCUGCCGCUGCCCAGCCGACACCCAAGGCGGCAGCUUCCACCAUCCAGCCUGCCCCUCCAACUCCGACCACUAAAACCACCGAGAGCCCGGCAACGGCCGCAGCGGUGAUCGUGGAAGAUGUGCAACGCUGCCGAGAGGUGGUGGAGAGCAUACUCGCUCAUGACCACCCUCUUGCUCUUGACUGCGAAGGCGUUGACCUGGGCGACAAGAGCGGCUCUCUGUGCCUUGUACAGAUCGCCAUGAGAAGCGGCCAGUGCUUCCUCUUCGACGUGACCAAGGGCGGAAGCCAGCUCUUCAGCGAGGGCGGACUGCGGCGAGUGCUCAAGGACGUGCACGUGCUCAAGGUGGGACACGACCUGCGGGCCGACGCAAGCGCAUUGUUUGCAGAGCACAGCGUCUUACUCAACCACGUCUUCGACACCCAAGUGCUGACGGUGGGCAAGCAAAACCAAGUGGGGCUCAACCCCAUGCUCAAGCUCUAUGCCAAUUCGCAGAACGAGCUCAAGAAGGCUGUCAAGAAGGCGUGGACCAGAGAUCGACUGUACUGGACCCGGCGGCCGCUCACCGAGGAGAUGGUGGGCUACGCCAGCCUCGACGUGGCUUUCCUCCUCCAGGCUUUCGACUCGAUGGCCGCCGCCCUCGAGCAACAAUGCCUCUUCGACCACGCCGCUGCUGGCUCGCGGCUCUACAUCGACCGCAGGCGCUUUCCCACAGCGCCUCCGCCCCUCGGGGAGAGGAGUGGGAGAUAA